AUGAAGCUGGUGAUAGUGCUCAUGCUGACCGCCCUCCCCCUUUUCUGCUAUGCCGGUUCUGGCUGCCAAGACAUAGAGGAUUUGAUCGAAAUGACCAUUGAUCCCGAAGAGUCCAAGACUGAAUUCAUCGAAGACCUUGACGAGGACAUCCAUGAUCGGAUCACUGAGAUGGCCCUCAGGAAUUUUAAGCAGUGCUUUCUCGACCAGAACAACCAAACCCUGACCAACGUUCGCAUGCUGAUGGUAAUGGUGGCUUCUUUGCGCUAUGGCUGGGGACCAGUGGACUCUCAGUUCUCUAGUAACUACUUUUUUCUUAGUCACUAUUUUUUAAGAUGUAUUUUAAUUGAUUUCAGAGAGGAAGGGAGAGGGAGAGAGCGAGAGAAACUUCAGUGA